UUGGCGAGAUGGCCGACCCGGAGCAGCGUAUUAUCCACUGGGGAGGCGGGUAUAAGAACACCGGCCCACCCGCAACCCCGGGCUCGGACGGCUCAGAUCGAAAUCGCCCUUUUGGUCUGGCUAAUCCACAUCAAGCUGCGAGCUGCGUCUCAUCCGCCGCCGCAAAAGACAAGCAAUCGCACUACCCGGCCCUCCAACGCACUGCUGCCGUGUCUCUCCCGGGUGCUUUGAUCACCAAUUGCGAGCCCUGCCCCCCCCCGUUUGCCCUGCCCUAUCUGCCUCUCUCUGAACCGUCUGCGUUGACUCGCGCCUGCAAUGAGAAUGCUCCAAGAAUCCACGCUCCUGCAUUGUGCUCGCUGCUCCGAGCUGUUGUUUGAGCCGAGAACGCUCCCGUGCGGAGCCUCGGUGUGCCAUCCCUGCUUGAUGGACGUUGUCGUGCCGCAGCUCCCACAAUGCGGCCAGUUGAUUCCAGCGCCUUCCGUCUAUGCCUGCCCAGCCCAGGGCUGCUGCGAAACCCACACCUUCCGCUCCGAGUCCCUUGACAUUCUCCUCAACCAGCUGCUGCACAAACUCUAUCCCGACUCGAUGCGAGCCUACCAGCUCGCCGAUACCGCCUUCAAGCUGGCUUCCGAUGAGCAGCCCUCGUCCCGCUUCAAGCUGUGGCGGACGAACCAGCCCUCAGAGAACAUCCUUGAGAAGGCUCUGGAUCAGAUCCAGGAGGCUCUUGCCCUUGCCCCCGGACUCCCCUUGGUGUACCUACGCCGUGCUCAGAUCAUGAUCCGAUACGCACGGUUCCAGGAGGCCCACCGUGACCUCGAGCAAGUCGGCCUUCUCAACCCAAACAACAUCAAGCUGCCAUCGCUCCAGAAACUGCUGGACUCGAAGCUGGAAAAGUCCGAGUCGGCGGUUGUGCCUACACUCACCUCGCUGGACGAUGGCGACAUUGUGCGCUCUCCGGCCGUCGGUCAGUGCCCGGACUCUUCUCACGACCAUGCGUUGCCGUCGCCUCCACCCGCCCUCGAGUCUCUCACCACCGACGAUCUCGAGUGCCCGUUGUGUCUCAACUUGCUGCUGGAACCCCUCACGUCGCCGUGCGGCCAUACCCUCUGCCGCAACUGCUUCCUGCGGUCUCUGCUCCACUCGUGCAAAUGCCCGCUGUGCCGGAGGAGCCUGCCGGACUCGACCUUCUUCCGAGAGCAGCCGACGAACCAGAUCCUGGGAUACCUGCUGAACGGGCUGUUCCAGAGCGCAACCGCAAGCCGACGCGAAAUCGAAGACCGGAUCCACCACGGCAACAUUGUUCCGUUGUUUGUGUGCUGCUCGAUCCCGCAAGGACAGUCACACGCCUUCCACAUCUUCGAGCCGAGAUACCGGGCCAUGGUCAAGCAUCUGAUAGAGACCGACUCGGCCUUUGGUGUCAUUGGCUCGUUCACGAUUCCAAGCGAUCCGCGGUCCGGCCCCAUGCCCGUGGGAACGCUCGCCCGCAUCAGCCGUUGCCGAACGAUCCACAACUCGCUGGCGAUGACACCCAAGGGCAACCUGCCCCGAUAUGCCAUCAUGGUCGAAGGACUGUCGUACUUUCAGAUCCUGGGCGUCAAGAUGCAUCCGGACGGCUACCUCCUGGCGCACAUCGAGAUGAUUGACGGCGACAAUGUCGUCCACACAGUCGCGUAGGAGCAAUGGAGACGAUGGCCUCAUCAUGGCAACUGACUUUGGCGCCGCCACGAUCGUCUCACGUCACUCGACGCACGACUAGCUGCCGGGGCCGUAAUGAAGGAGCCAGGGCCCUGGCGAUCGAGCCGCCUGGUCGGCACGCUGCUUGCGCGUGCUUGGUCGUCCCUCCUACCCUCCCCAUAUUCCCUCCCGAUCGCAUUUCGAGUCUGCCGUGCCUCGGUCGCUGGUAUCGACACCACAUGCCUCACACAGGCGGCGACCCCUCUCUCUGUCUCUUUAUUUCUGGCUGCGGCCGACCCAUAUCCUCAUUGCCAGUGUCAUCCUCCGCCGACCUUGCUUGAAGCAUGAUUUUUGAAAGCCGACAGUGUAUCGUCUGGCUUUGUUUUGUAACAACUAUAUAGCGUGCUGAAAACAACAACGAUGAAUACAUCGUCUCUUGAACAA